AUGAACGGUGUCAGUGCCGGGAAUGGCGCCCUUGCACCGGGGCGUACCGAGUCUACGGAGUCGGCGUCUCUGCAGCGCUUUCCUAAACUGCGCUUGACGCGUUUGGCCGCAACCGAGUGUGACUUUACGCUCUCCGAUACCGAUAUCUCCGUUGCGAAUGCGCUGCGUCGCGCCAUGAUCGCUUCUGUGCCAACUAUGAGCAUCGAUCUGGUCACCAUAUAUGUCAACGAUAGUCCGCUGCACGAUGAGUUCGUAGCUCACCGUCUUGGUCUGGUUCCGCUGCGUUCGGACACGGCGGAGUAUUUCAACUACAACCGUGACUGCGACUGCACGCAGUCUCGGAUCGCAGCACUAUCGGGGAACCCUAUGGAAGCAACGAACUGCGAAAAGUGCAGCGUUGAGUAUAUUCUCGACGUGACCUGUCCCCCGGACGGCGAACUCGAGGAAAUGAACGUAACGUCUCGCCAUCUGCAGAUGGACCCGCGUUACUUUGAUGGACCUGCAUACGUGCGGGCAGUGGUGCCGAUCCACCGACCCGACCAGCCUUGGGAGUUGGCGCCGGAUUCUAGCAGGGACCGCACCUCCGCUGACGCAGGCAUCGUUAUCUGUAAGCUUCGUCGGGGUCAGCGAUUGUAUGUGCGCUGCAUCGCUAAGAAAGGAACCGGCAGGGAGCACGCCAAGUGGUCCCCUGUUGCCGCAGCCUCGUACCGAAUGGACCCGAGUGUGCGCCUUGAUUUGGGCCGCAUAAACGCGGUGCUGUCCAGUGAACAGAAGCGCCUCAUCGUCAAGAUGGGCGGGGGUGCGCUUCGAGUCGAGGCGAAUGUCGUCACCGGCGAUGUUGAAAUCGUUGAAGAUGAGGCGUAUCUGCGGGGUCGCAUUGAGAUCAGCAACGACUGCCUGCGCGAACUGCAGUUCGCACUCGAGGAAGCUGGUCAAAAUCCAUUUCAGCUCAUUACUCUGAGUCGUGGUUCAGACGCCGAGGGCCAGCGAACCUUUUAUUUCACCUUGGAGAGCACGGGCGUGCUCCCACCAGAGGCAAUCGUUCAGAGCAGCUUUCGCGUGCUCAUUGAGAAAAUUCUCUCUCUGGUGCCCUGCCUGCGCGACGAGGCCGAGAGCCACUCCAUUGCGCUCAACCAGGAUCUGAGUUAUCUUCUGCUUUCCUACGAGCAACGCAGAAAUCAACAAGAGCGACUCCAAAUGGCGAUCUACGGCAACUUGCCCGGAGGCAUGACGCAGACUGUUGGGGCGGCAGGGGCCUUUGGAACCACGCAGUACGCCGGGCCAUUCUCGACGCCCGCUAUCGCCACAGGCAGUGCGACAGCGCUGUAUGCCCAGGGUCAAACUGGCUAUACUCCGCGAUACGCUGGGGAAGCGGUCGCUGCUGCCACACCGUACGCUGCAUAUCAAAAUCUUGCUGCAGGCGCGUGGGGUUCCCAGGACCUCACAGGUACGCUUCGGACACCGCAGUUCGGAGGCGCUGAUGCUGCUCGCUGGUCCACCGGCGUCACUACAGGAGAUCAGUUCCCGAUUUCGGGGAACAGCGUUGCCGGCGCUGAACAGGAGGAUCAGCCGCCGCCGCCGCCGCCUCCGCUGCCGCAGUGA